AUGGAAAACCCCAUCUUCAACUUUUACAGUGCCACUGUUGUCUCAGGAGACCGAGAGAAUAUCUCUGUGGUCGCACACGAAUUCGCGCACAGCUACAGCGGCAACCUUGUCACCAAUGCAUCCUGGGAGCACUUUUGGCUGAACGAGGGAUGGACUGUUUGGACUGAGAGGAACAUCGUGCGCAAAAUCAGAGGAGACGAUGAGGUCGAGCUCCAAGCCGUCGUUGGCUGGCAGGACCUUAUCCAAUCUAUUGAGAUGUAUGGCGGCAAUGACAGUGUCUUUACUAGCCUGGUGCUUGAAUUCAAAGGCAAGAGGCCGGACGAUAUUAUGUCCAAGAUCUCCUACGAGAAAGGCUACACCUUUCUAUGCUACCUUGAAGAGACUGUCGGACGAGAGAAAUGGCUAAAGUUUGUCCCACAUUAUUUCAGAAUAUUCUACGGUGCGACGGUUGACUCAACCCAAUUCAAGGAUUGUGUCCUCAAAUUCUUCUCGUCCGAUGCCGUUGCUACCUCCGCACUGAGCCGCGUUGAUUGGAUUUCUUGGUUUCACAAACCGGGCGCGCCCCAAAAGCCGGAGUUUAGCUCUGAGCUUUACAAGAAGGCCGUCGAAUUGGCAGAUCAAUGGGGCAGCCUCUCGGACCAAGCCGUGUUCAGGCCGUCUGGUAGCGAUAUUGAGGGCUGGACAGCGGGACAAGUUUUAGUCUUCCUUGAUCUUCUCAUUGAAAGACCGCAGCCAAUCCCACUCGAGUAUUGCAAACUUCUUGACAAGUUGUACGGCACGGGAAAGUCUAGCAAUCUCGAAAUCGUCACUCGGUACCUUCGUGUCGCACUCCGAGCCGGCGAUCGCAGUGUUUUGAAGCAGACUGAAGAUGUCCUGGGACAGACAGGCCGAAUGAAGUUUGUGAGGCCGUUAUUCAAGGAAUUGUUGUCGGUUGACGAAGAGUUGGUGUUGGAACUGUUCCAGAAGUAUCAAGACUUCUACCAUCCCACAUGUCUCAGACUGAUCAGAAAUUUGCUUAACGAAGAAAGACUUUAA